AUGUAUCCUCAUCCAGGUGCCCCGAUGGCACCUCCCCAGAAGCCAGAGACGUUCAUGCUAUCAACGGAAGCCCAACAAAGCCUCCCCCACGAUGCACAAGUCGCCCUGCAGCAAGUGGACAAUCUGAAAUACUUCCUCCUCUCGGCCCCUGUCGAUUGGCAGCCCGACCAAUUGAUUCGCCGCUUCCUCCUGCCCACCGGAGACUAUGUGUCUUGCGUUCUCUGGAGCAACCUCUUCCACAUCUCGGGAACCGAUAUCGUGCGCUGCCUCGCCUUCCGGUUCCAAGCCUUCGGCCGCCCUGUCAAGAACUCCAAGAAAUUCGAGGAGGGCAUCUUCUCCGAUCUGCGAAAUCUCAAGGCUGGGACCGAUGCGACCCUUGAGGAGCCCAAGAGCGCAUUCUUGGAUUUCCUGUACAAGAACAACUGCAUCCGUACCCAGAAGAAGCAGAAGGUGUUUUACUGGUACAGCGUGCCCCACGACCGAUUGUUCCUGGACGCGCUCGAGCGAGACCUCAAGCGCGAGAAGAUGAACCAGGAGGCCACCACGGUCGCCGUCAGCGAGCCGGCCUUGUCGUUUGAAUUCGACUCGUCCCAGUCCUUGUAUGAGCAGUUGACCAAGGUGCAACAAGCGAACACAUCCUCGUUUGCUGCCCCCGCCCACGCAAGUACGACAUAUGGCCAGCCCACCUCCCCCGUGGUUCGGACCGUUGACGCAAUGCCUCCUCCCCAGAUGGCUCCCCCAGCGAUCCCGCUCCUUCAGGACGACCAUGGCAAUCCGACGAUGUACGGCAAUCCCCAGAUGCCGAUUUCGAACAAUCUAGUCCAGAGCAUCAUUAAGCGCGAGCAGGACUACGGCGCCAUUCAGUACGACCGCAAUGGAAUGCCCCUCGCCCGCAUCCACCAGCGCCAUUCCUCCAUGCCUACCUUCUACGAGUACUCGCCCGCCCCGUCUUUCGUUUCGUCUCAGUACGAGGAUUACAGCAACCGCGGUCUAUCCUUUGAACCGGUGACCCCACCGCAACAUUCGGUCGGACUAGGCGCUGAGCCUGCGUACAUCGCCAACGAGGAUACGGGUCUGUACACUGCGAUUCCGGAUCUCUCCAACGCGGCGCCAUAUAAUCCCAUGAUGCAGCUUCCGCCAUCCAACUUUGCUGGUGGUCACUACCCUAGUGCUUCUCGGUCCUUCUCAUCCAAUGCCUAUUCUGUCAUCGAAGGCUCUCCAACUUACAAGCAGCGGAGACGGCGACCCUCUGUCACCCCGGGUCCCGCUAAUGGCAACCCGGGAGCUGCUAAUGGGUCUCAGGUUGCCCCCUCCUCCCAACCUCCGCCUUACGCGGCGCACCGCCCGAGCGAUCUUCGGCGCUCCGUAUCUAGCUCGGUGGCGCCAGUUGCAGAGGGUGAGGAGUCCGGUCAUGAUCUACCUCGGACCUAUCCAAGCGCCAUGCUUCCUCAGAAGGACCUGUUGCAGGAAAUCUCACGUCAUGGGACCCCGCUUCAGCACCUGGAGGAGACCGUUAAUCAGCAUGCGGUGCCAAUUAGCAAUUCCCCAGAUGAUCUGGCGGCGCUCCCCACUAGUGCAGCUAUUGAAACAACGGCUCAGAACAGCACUAGUCGGUCGGACCGUGCGGGCCCUGGUCCUGCACGUCGCGCCCGAAGUGCGACCAUGAUGGAGCUUGGACCGUAUCCUCAGAAGUCUCACUCUUGCCCAAUCCCGUCCUGUGGACGACUCUUCAAGAGAUUAGAGCACCUCAAGAGGCAUGUGCGUACCCACACGCAAGAGCGACCUUACCCCUGUCCAUACUGCAGCAAAGCCUUCUCGCGUUCCGACAACCUUGCACAGCACCGUCGCAUCCAUGAGGCCCAACAAGAUGGCCAAGCACCUAUUACCAACGAGGAUGACCUGGAGAAUGAUGGCAACGACUUUGAGUCUGCGGGUGAGGACUCGUCGCCGCCUGCACACCAUGCCCCGCAUACCAUGGUCCAGAUGCCUACGAUGACCUCGAUGCCGACAUCCAUGAGCAUGGCAUCGGGGAUUCCCACUAUGGUCCCUGCCUCGCAUCAGAUGAUAGCUCCGCAGCUUCUCCAGCAGCAAAUGUGA